GACCACAGGCCUGGCACCAUAGCGACAAUACUGAUCAUGAGCAAUGAAGUGCAGCUCGUUGAGUUAUGAUCAAGAAUGUGCUGAAAACUCUGCAAAACACUCCUAAAUAGCACAUAAACAUGCAGGACUUUCCAUCCUCCAUCAACUACUGCGCUACAUGCGGAGAGCCGUGUAUAAAGACAGAAUAUAAGUACGCUAUUGGAAAGCGCUUCCAUAAUGCCUGCUUCAGGUGUGUUGUUUGUGAAGAAAGGCUUUCCACGGAUUUUUACGCCCGAGGAAGUGAGUUAUACUGCAAGAAAGACUACCUUUCGAAGUUCAACUCCGUUUGUCAUAUCUGUGCACAUAACAUCGCGGGCCUUGUUAUGGUUAUAGGGGAUCAUAAGUUCCACACAGAGUGCUUCCAUUGCCAACACUGUGACAGCUUCCUGGCAGUCGAUGACAACUAUGUGAUGGUGGAACGGCAUAGACUACUUUGUGGGAAUUGCUACAACAAGGAGACUGAGGCAUUGGAGUCUACUCAGAAUGUCUCAACUUAUCACUCCAUUCACCAUCUGCAGCUAAGACAAGAUGACACCAAGAAGAGAAAGAUAUUUGUAAAUGUUGAAUCAUCAGAGAAAAAGCAAACUGGAGGAAAAAGAAGAAACAGCAUUGUCAUCAUCAAAGAGUUCAGCCUAGGCCGUGAUUCUCAGCAAAGAGACUCUCUUCUUGAAGCAGGUGACAAGGUCUUGGAGCUCAACAAUAUGGAAGUCACAGAUGAAACAGUGGAUCAGGUUGGUGCUGCUCUUACUAGCAAGCCAGACGAGGAAUACAACAUAACAUUUGAGCGCAAUACAUUACCGAGGAGCAACCUCACCAGAACAAAAGACAACCCAGUAUUGUCUUCAACAUCCACAUUCAAAUUUCCAGCAACAAAAAUAGAAAUACCACCUACAACUUCCACAGCGUCGUCUACUUCAUCAUCAGCGACAUCUACAUCUUCACUCUCAUUGAAGGCAACUAGUACGUGCUUAGUGGAGUCUAAACCACCGUUAACUAAACAAAAAAGUCUUGAUUUGGACUCUAGACAAAGUAAGAAGGAGGAAGACGAGAAAGCCAUUCAACGAGCGAAAUCUGUGUCGUACUUCUCUAAACGUGCGUAUAAGCGCACCAUGACGAACCAAUCCUCAGUGGACGACUCGGGUCUUCAGGUUUCCUGUAAGAAUGGGGAUUUAUGCGAGGAGUAUAAUGGUAAUGCGGUCGUCAGGACAGCAUCUAUGCCACGAAGCAAUUGUACUUCUGGUCUACCUAAACCAAAGUCGCCACUAUUCAGAGCACAGUCCUUCAGAAAUAACCUUAAUAGCAGAGUAUUUCUUCCUAAAGAUUUGAUUGUUGGUGAGGUCAUUGGCAGAGGCUUCUUUGGACAAGUAAUGAAGGUAACCCACAAGACUACGGGUGAGGUGAUGGUUUUGAAAGAGCUGAUUAACUAUGACGAUGAGGCAAAGGCUGGUUUCCUCAAAGAGGUCGCGCUGUUGAAGAGUUUGCAACAUCCAAAUGUGCUUCACUUCAUUGGCAUAUUGUACAAGGGAAAGACUUUAAAUCUGAUUGUAGAAUAUAUACCAGGUGGCACGUUACAGCGUGUCUUAAAGGACAAGUCCAGGCCAUUGUCAUGGGCUCAGAAAGUCAAGAUUUCCAGGGACAUUGCUGCUGGGAUGGCGUAUCUGCAUGAGAUGAAUGUGAUGCACCGAGAUCUCAACUCGAACAACUGUCUCGUACAUAAUGAUGAGGAAAUGACAGUUGUUGUGGCUGACUUUGGCUUGGCCAGGCUGCACCAGGAAGAGCCGCUAUCACACGCAAUGUACAUGUCUGGCCAACCAUCCGCCAACCUGACGACCGCCACAGACGGCGGUAAACCGCCUCUCUCCCCGGGCAGACCACCAGCUCCCAAGAAAAGAUAUACCGUGGUGGGCACUCCGUAUUGGAUGGCACCGGAAAUGUUUAAUGGAAGAGACUAUGAUCAUCGCGUUGAUAUCUUCGCGUUUUGUAUCGUCGCUUGUGAGAUUAUCGGUAGGGUCGAGGCAGACCCUGACUACCUCCCACGGAAAAAGGACUUCACCGUGGACGAGGAUUCUUUUCGGAUGAAAUUCUGUGCUGGUUGUCCCGCAGUUUUCUACAAACUCGCAUUUCUCUGUGGUCACCUAGAUCCUGACAAACGGCCUCCUUUUGAGACCGUCCGGGAGUGGCUAGACGCGAUUUACCUUCACCUGGAGGUAGGACUGCCUUUACCCGAUGAGAUAGAGUUCUCGCUCAUGCCGCGGAGUCUGAUGAAGACCAUCAAGGAGUGUGCUGAGACGGAUGUGUAGUGUACGUGCACGUGCCACGUCACUGAUGUGUAGUGUACGUACACGUGCCACGUGACUGAUUGUAGUGUACGUGCGCGUGCCACGUGACUGAUGUCACGACGAACGAAAUUCUCAGACAAAUCAGUAUGCCCCAUUCUCUUGCCCAUUUCCCAUCUGCUUUAAUCAUGGGUCACCCUUGCCUUGCCAUCCCCCCUUUCACUCAACCCCCCUCCCCCCCCCCCCACUCCCUCCACACCCACUCAAAAAUUUUAUUCAUGUAAAUUAUUAAAUUUUAAAUAAUCCUUUGAUUUAAUUUGUACUGUAUUUUAAAAUAUAAAAAGUCAUGUAAAUACUUUUUAUUGAAAAUGGGCAAAAGCAAAUAUUUGCAGAACCAAAAAAAAAUUAACGAGGGUCAACGAAUGGUCCUGAGAUGGAAGUCGAUUUCAAAAUAAGAUAAGCUAUGCCCGGGCAACCUUUUGAGUCUUUCUUGUCUACAGGCCUUAAAAAAUGCCAAUCACCCACUCCUUUCUUAUUGUUUAUCGUUAAAAAUGCAGCGGUUUAUUCGCAAUGAAACUUCAAAAUAAUAAUCUACGAUUAUUACUCUGAUAUGUUAUUGACGAUAUUUAAUUGAAUAUAUAUUAUUUACUUGCUUGAAUUAGCCGAUGGAAAUGUGAUUGUAUGUUGUAUUAAUAGAGCGGUUUUCAAAUACCCCUGAAAUACUAUUUAGUUGAUUUACUACUAAUACUCUGUAAGGUCUUUGUUCUCUUUUUGUUCUGGCUUGACCAUCUAGAGUGGUUUUCAAAAACCCGUGAAAUACUAUUUAGUUUACUUAGUACUAAUACACUGUAAUGUCUUUGUUCUCUUUUGUUCUGGCUUGACUAUUACACUUUAACAAUUACAAUAUUUUGUUUCACGGGAUUUUGAAAACCACUCACAUAGGGAACUUCAUAAGAACGCGCGCUCUGAUAAUGGACAGUCUUCACCGCUGAAACUCGGAAUAAUGGGUCGAUUUGUGAAAUUGCCGUACAAAAACUUGCUUUAAGCACCCGAAAUUUUCGAGCUUUACAUUGAAACGGCAGUUUUGCUAAAAAUGAUUUAGAUUCAUUGUUCUUUACAGAAAAUCGGCUUCAAACUCCCUGUGUUUUGAAAAUUUCCCGCCGGGAUGAUUUUGCAACGCGCGCGACAAAUUCAAAGUUUUCUGUAAUUUUAUUUGCGAUAAACAUAUGAAGCGAAUCGUCACUUUAUACGAAAGAGAACGACAAGUUACUAAAAGUUUAGGCCUGCAUAAUGUAUCCACACUCAAGGAAGUAUUUUAGUGAUUGUACUUUAUCGUCUGUGGAGGAUUCAAAGCGAAAGAAAUAAUUUCUACGAUCAAAUUCGUGAAAACGACGUGUCAAACGGGACUUAAUAAGUCUACAAUAAUGUUGGUCAAAAUUCGUAUAUUUAUUGGAGUUUCUGUAUUUCGUGGUGGUUAAAAGCAUUGUGUGGAAAAACAAGAUGGAUUUGGUGCCCCUAAUGCACUAGUCAAUUGAAACCUCCACCCCCAUGGUCCCGGGGGAGGGUGGGGGAUUAGACUUUGACGCUGUACAAAGCAGAGAAACCCCCUCGGGACAACACUGCAGUAAAAUGCCCUGCCCCUUGGGAUGCAAACUAUAGGCAACACUCAGAAGCGAUACCUUGUUUCGCGCGACCAUUAAGCUACACAAAGUUGGAAAUUCGAUAAAAUAAUUACAGCAAAAUGUGUCUUGUUCAGGCCCGCCAAGUAUAUACUAAAACAAUUAUUCUCCUCAGGCUCAACGAAUAGCGGUGAAUAGUCCCCUCGCCGCUUCACGUCACGGGGACUAUCCACCGCUAAUAAUUGUUAAUUAUUUAACGAAGGUAACACUUUACAGCAAAAACUAAUAACAUUGUAGCCCUGAUGAGGAGACAUUUAUCGAUUCUCGCUGUAUUUUGCUGGUGUUCGUAUGCUCGACAAUAUACACGCCGUGGCCCUGUAACGAGAAAAGCAAUUCCAAUAAGAUCAGAACUCGAUGUUUUCACGUAAAAAUGUCAGUCUAUAUUUUAAAAGAAAUUUAAGGAAUAUUAAAAAGAUAUUUAAACUAUAA